AUGUUCUGGGGUGUAAAAUUAUAAAAUGGGUAAACACUAACUAUAAAGGGGAAUUUGAUACUUACAAAUUUAUGUGGUUUAGGCAUAGUGAGAUUGAACAAUAUCUUGAUUGCAACGCUUACAACAUAGAAGGUUGGAAAUGCAUAUAAUAAUUCAAGCCUUAAGUUUUAAUAGAUUAUAAAAUAAAUGGAGAAUUUACAUUAUAAAGUGAAGGUGGAGAUGUAGAUGUUUGCGGUUAUUAUGCAGAGAAGGAUUAAUUAGAUGAAUAGGAAUUAUAAGAAUUAUCUAUAAAAGCAUAAUCAAUGUAAUGUGAAGAUCAAUUGAAUACUAUUUAUAAGUAGUAAUUAAGAAAUAUACAGAAAAUGUUAAAAAAAUGA